AAAACGACCGAUGACGACCGAUCUCUCCGACUACGAGAAGGAGCGGCUCGCAAACAUAGCGCGGAACCAGAAGGUGCUCGAGAGCCUAGGCCUCGUCCGCAGGGACGCGGAGCUCCACGAGAGCAUCCGCAGUAAAGAGGCGCCGAAGAAGAAGCGCAAGGCUGACCCAGAGUCUGCCGAUGCCGUGAGGGCGGCUGUGCGGCGGUCGGCGCGACUCGCCGGGGCUCCGGCCUCCAGACAGGGCCUCCUGUCGCCCAGCGCUGGCGACUCCAGCACGGCCGGCAAGUCCAGCAGUGCCGACCACAGUGAGGCGCAGGCGGACUAUGAACGCUGGAGUGGCAAGCAAGCCCGCGCCACCAUCGUGGGCACGGCGUCGUACGCACACACCCUCAUGAGGGCGAUCGAGCGCGCGUGCGGCCAGCACGCCGUCGCAAAGAUGAAGCUCUUCGCUACGAUUCUGGCGCUCGAGGGCUACGUCGGGCUCGCGGAGGACGCGUCGGCCGCGUACGAGCGGCUCCGGGAGCGGCUGGGUGCGCCGUGUGAGGUCCGCGAGGGGGAGGAGGCGGAGUCGUGA